AACCUAAAAGCAGUAUUGUCCAUUCACACCAUUGUUUAUAUCUUAUUUAUUUAUUGUUAUGUGUUACAUAUAUUUAUCAUAACAUAAAUUUUGAAUUGUUUAUAUUAAAGCUCAUGUAGUUUGGUAAUGAGUAUAACAAUACAUUGUGAUAUUUGAAUAAAGUUUUAUACAAUACUAUGCAAAAUGACUAGUUUAAUGAUAAAAAAUUUACUCCAAAUAUUUCUUAUCAUUUGUAUAUUUUCUUUUGUAUAUGGUAAUGAAAAAAAUGAUGAUUGUUCAUGUGGAAAAAAUUUAAAUCGACUGAAGACAAAAGAUAACGAUAACUCUUGCUCUAAAACUGAUGAAUUAGAAUGUGAUGGAAUUGGUGAUGAAGUUGAGGUCAAAACAAUUUUAAACAGUGUACCCAAUGAAAUGGUUAAAAUUGAAGAGGGAAUUUAUUGGAUUGGAACCAAUAAACCUGUAUUUGUUCAAGAUGGUGAAGGACCAAAGAGAUCAGUUAAUUUAAAAUCCUUUUAUAUAGAUAAAUAUGAGGUAUCUAAUGAAAAUUUUGAUAUUUUCAUCAAAUCGACUGGUUAUAAGACUGAAGCUGAGAAAUUCGGAAACUCUUUUGUUUUCGAGGGACUUUUGAGUAAUGAAACCAAAGAUAAAAUUCAACAAGUAGUUGCAGAAGCACCUUGGUGGUUGCCUGUUGAUAAAGCUACUUGGAGAAAUCCUGAAGGACCAGAUUCUAAUAUUACUUACAGAAUGAAUCAUCCAGUUAUUCAUGUGUCUUGGAAUGACGCAAAAACUUAUUGCAGCUGGUUGGGAAAGAGACUUCCAACUGAAACAGAAUGGGAAGUAGCAUGUAGGGGUGGCCUUAAAGACCGUCUUUAUCCAUGGGGAAAUAAACUUCUUCCCAAUAACAAGCAUAGAAUUAACAUCUGGCAAGGGGAGUUUCCACACAAGAAUACAGCCGAAGACGGUUAUAUAGGUACAGCCCCUGUUAAUGAAUAUCCUCCAAACGCUUAUGGGGUAUAUAAUAUUGCUGGAAAUGUAUGGGAAUGGACAUCUGAUUGGUGGUUAACAGAACAUUCUGAAAAAGAUAAUAUUGAUUUGAAUUUUCCAACAUCUAAAACUGACAAGGUCAAGCGAGGUGGAUCCUACCUUUGUCAUGAGAGCUUUUGUUUCAGAUAUAGAUGUGCAGCACGUCAUAAAAAUACUCCAGAUACAUCUGCUGGAAACCUUGGAUUCAGGUGUGCUGCUGAUUCCAUUUGAUUUAACAUAUAUAUAUUUUUAUAUUUUUAAUAUUUUGUGGUUUAAUUGGUAAUAUAUUCUUUUAUUAUAAAAA